AUGACACGGCAUAAGCUCUAUGCCGAAGCUGAAGCUCUCAUUAAUGAAAAGAAGAAAGCAAAGUUAGCUGCUCUCGAUGAUGAAACUACCGAAAGUUCCACAAAGAAAAGAAGAUUAAGAAGCCAAAAAACCAAAGAUUCCGAAAGCGUUGUUAAAGGUAAGAAACGCGCAAAAACCAAGCGAAAAGCAUCUUCCAGCACGAACACUACCAAGUGCAAGUCAUGUGGAGAACUCGGACAUGGAAGCAAAAGAAGUCCAUUAUGCCCUAAUCAUGAAUGGACAUUGGAGGAAACCAUAACAAGGAAAUUGGGUAGUUUUGAAAGGUUCACUAUUUCAGUGCCGUUAGAAACAUUUGUUACGAAUCCUGCCAAUUUUGUCCCCUGCCAUGAACGUGUGUUGGAAAAGUCAGCCUUUCUGCGAACAGUGGUCGUCAAGGCUCAAUUCAUUGUCAACCAUUACAUUCUUAUGUAUCAUACGCAUGUAACAAACGCGUUGUUUGAGCAAAACUUCUGGUAUACUGUCUGUCGGGUCGUCUAUGGAAGUGCCAGAAUUGAAGAUGUGGAGGCUCGUUACCCUGAAAUGACAGGUUUCGCAGAGGCAUAUUAUACGCUCUUGAUACAUCAUCAUGAAGUCAAUCUUUCAGUAUAUUGUGGUUAUUUGGCAUAUUACGGCCAGAUUGUAUCUUCAGCAUAUAUCACUUUGGCCAAAACAUAUGAAAACUAUCAUGUUGAGAAAUUUGAAGGCACGGUGGCAAAAUACUUUAUCUAUUAG